AUGUCUUGUUCCGCAAUGAAUGAUAAGGAAGUUCGCAUGCGUGAAUAUGGCUUUCCGACGAUGCAAAGACACCAUUGGAUUCCCACACAAGAUCAUCAAUCAACGUUAUCUCGCCCGAGAUCUUCGGAAGUCUUUCACACGUCAAAUCACACAUCGAAUGGCUCUAUUCUAAAUGGGAGAACGCUCAAUGGGUUAGUUGCACGCACGCCGGGUGGUUUAUACGAAGACUUAGAGUUUCCGCCAACGACACGAACGUUAUCACGAAAGAAGAAUAUUGUAUGGAUGAGACCUCAUGACAUGUGUGCAAGACCUCAAUUUCGAGUAACGCCUUCAGGAUGCGCUUUAAGUGCACGAGAAUUGCCUGAACCUGUAGGUCCGGGAGAUCCAAGUCUCGUAGCUGCUUUGGGAUGUUUAAGUCAAAUGCCUCGAUUGUUGGAAAGAGUUGCGCCGCCCGAACAAACUUUUGAUACAGCAAACGGAUAUUGCGGAAUGUUCAAAUUCCGUUUUUGGCAAUGGGGCAAAUGGGUUGAAGUAAGGAUAGAUGAUUUAUUGCCUACGAGAGGAGAUCGACCAGCACACAUGCAUUGCUCUCAGCCAGAUAUUUUUUGGGCAGCAUUGUUAGAAAAAGCAUAUGCCAAAUUAUACGGAGGAUAUGGAUUUCUAAAAUACGGAAACAUCGGAAGAGCAUUGCAAGAUUUGACAGGCGCCGUUGUUCAAAGUGUUCCGCCAAGCGGGCCAUUAUUAGGAGGCGCUGUUCCUCGUUCAACUUUACUUUUAGCAAUUACAGGAAAUGAAAAAGAUACCAAAAGAAGACGAUCUGGUUUAUUGACUGAACAUCCGUAUUGCGUAACGGGAUUAGCACGUGUGCGAACUGUCUCGUCAGAUGCUCCUCAAAGCAGUAUCGGGCAAGAAACGAAUCUCGUAAGACUAAGAAGCCCAUGGGCAGGCGGAGAAUAUGGAGGCGUUUGGGUUGGUCCAUGGUCAGAACGAAGUUGGGAAUGGAAUGCCUUGAGUGAUCGAGAUAAAGAACUUUUAGCUUCACGAACGCAGCAUGAUGGAGAGUUUUGGUAA